AUGGUUCUACGGGAGGGCAUGCAGGCACAAUUCGAUCCUGAUUGGAUAGAUCCGGACCAAGAUCAAAGCGAAGAAGCUCAAGCAAUCAGGGAACACUGCCUCACAGUCUACCAGAAAUUUAGCUCCUCAAUUCCAAAUUGGAGUGAGCUCGUGAAGAAUUUCGAAGCUGAAGCCGAGUCUUUGAAUGAGUUUCUAAGGGCGAUGGAAAACGCUGCUAACAGUGCUUGCUGCGAUGAUACAGGUUCCCUCAAGCAUAACGGACUCCAAUAUCUGCUCAAGGACCCAGCAAAGGAUCGCUUCGACCCUCUGAUUCUAAAGACCCAUGGCAAGGCAGUAUGGGGAUGGAAUCACACGACCACUGCAAGACUACUUUGUCCUGCUCAUGACAUUCUCGAGUUCGACGAAGACCCUCAUGAAGUCGGGGCAGAAAAAAUCACCUCGAAACAAUGGCCAUCCAUGUUCUACGACAUGAGCCUGUACAACCCGAGGAAUAAGAAGUUAGGUUUCUUACACGGCCAUGCAAUUGUACAGGGAUGGCAUCACAUCUUCACAGGACCAAUGUCCGCGUUGUCGAAAGAGUGCACACAUCGCUCUUCAAAGCCUGCGAAGGGCAAAAAACAUCAUCUGACGGAGCCGGGACCCAGAAACAUCAUGUAUGCUGCAAUACAGAUGUAUUUUGUCGCAUGUAAUGCCGAAUCCUGGACUCCCGAGGUCGGCACUAUGAAUCUCGACGACUUAUACUAUACUGCGGUUGACCUUCUCAAGACGCAUGCGGAUGAGCAAUGGGUGAAGGAUUUGAUACAGUUUUGGAAAGACGAGUCACCUGGACUUAUGCAAGGUCAUCCAUCGAAGCGCCGGAGGGUUGCCGCAAACUCAACAGCGUCAGACAGUGAAGACGACAUGGACGACUUUUUCAGCAAUGACUCUGAAGAAACACAAGGUGGAUCUGGGCGCGAUGGACUGACCACAGACUGCGAACCAGGCGCACCCACAGGCAGCACCAACAACCCAACGAGCACCACGCAACACGAACCCAACACUGGACCCAGCUCCACAACGCUGGCUGCUGAAUCCGAUUCGACACGUGGCACUGCUGCUGCUGGAUCGAGCUCAACGGAUGGUGCCACUGGACAGGGCCGACAGGCUGGAUCAACGGACGUGCACGGCAACGGUGAUGAUGAAGAUGACAACGACGGUCAGCCCCGGCGCAGACGCAGGCUCGACCAGCAAGACACCCAAAGGGAGCGCUCCCCAUUGACCCCUCCACCCACAUCUCCCGUCGUGCCACCAACUACCACUCGCGGGCGUGGCCAUGGUCCCAGCAACCACCGUGGUCGAGGCAAACGUGGCGGCAAAUGCUGA